GACAGCCCUCCCCCCCCCAGGCCCUUCCCCCACCAGCCUUUUUUAUGCCCUGCCUGUCUCUUUUCUUCUUUGCUUUUGAGGCUCCGUGCCCCUCAGUGCAGCUGUCGCCACCCCAGCGCUGCCCCUCGGACGCCGCCAGCCUGUGCCAGCUGAGAGCCAAGGCAGCCUCCCACCCUGGUUCCCCGCCCACCUCCCGCCAUAAAGAGAGCCGGACAGCAGGCCAGAGCAGCAAGGGGACAAGACAGGAGGGAAAGAAAGAGAGAGGAGGGGAGCUCCAGGGCAACUUUUUUUUUCCCGCGCGGGGGGAGGGGGCAGGAAAGACGACCGUUUCCCCCACUGGGAACUGCGACCCGAGCGUCUUUCAUUCUCCGCCGGACCUGCCCCGCAUCGGGAUGAAGUGGUUCGGGCUGCUGCUGGCGCUGCUGCUGGCUGCGGCGGGCCCCGGGGCCCGGGGUCAGGAAGGGCUGGAUUUCCCCGAGUAUGACGGCAUCGACCGCGUCGUCGACGUCAACGCCAAGAACUACAAGUCGGUGCUGAAAAAGUUCAGCGUGCUGGCGCUGCUCUACCAUGAGCCGGUGGGCGACGACAAGGCCUCGCAGAAGCAGUUCGAGCUGGAGGAGCUGAUUUUAGAGUUAGCAGCCCAAGUCCUGGAGGAGAAGGGAGUGGGGUUUGGCCUGGUGGAUUCGGAGAAGGACGCAGCAGUGGCCAAGAAGCUAGGGCUGACGGAGGAGGACAGCGUGUACGUGUUCAAGGAGGAUGAGAUGAUCGAGUACGACGGGGAGUUUGCGGCCGACACCCUGGUGGAGUUUCUCCUGGAUGUGCUGGAAGACCCGGUGGAGUUCAUCGAGGGAGACCGUGAGCUCCAGGCCUUCGAUAACAUUGAAGACGAGCCCAAGCUCAUCGGCUACUUCAAGAACGAGGAAUCAGAACAUUUCAAGGCCUUUGUGGAUGCCGCUGAGGAGUUCCACCCAUACAUCCCUUUCUUUGCAACCUUUGACAGCAAGGUGGCCAAGAAGCUGACCCUGAAGCUGAACGAGAUCGAUUACUACGAGCCGUUCAUGGACAAGCCCGUCACCAUCCCUGACAAGCCCAACAGCGAGGAGGAGAUCGUGCAGUUCAUCGAGGAGCACAAGAGGUCAACACUGAGGAAGCUGAAGCCAGACAGCAUGUAUGAGACCUGGGAAGAUGACAUGGAUGGAAUCCACAUUGUGGCCUUUGCAGAGGAGGAUGACCCUGACGGUUACGAGUUCCUGGAGAUCCUGAAGGAUGUUGCCCAGGACAAUACGGACAAUCCUGACCUGAGCAUCAUCUGGAUCGACCCGGAGGACUUUCCCCUGCUGAUCCCAUACUGGGAGAAGACGUUCGAUAUCGACCUGUCCCAGCCCCAGAUUGGUGUGGUCAACGUCACAGAUGCUGACAGCAUCUGGAUGCAGAUGGACAACGAGGAGGACCUGCCAUCCGCAGAGGAGCUGGAGGACUGGCUUGAGGACGUGCUGGAGGGGGAGAUCAACACAGAGGAUGAUGACGACGACGACGAUGACGAUGACGACGACGAUGAUGACGAUUAGCUGCCUCUCUGUGGGCGUCCCCAGCCUGCCUGACACACAAGGCCAGGCCCUGCCCGGGUCGCACCCGUGCCACCCCAUCGGGGGCUCAGGGGUGGGAGUGACGGGCCCGCGGCCGCGCCGGGGUGAAGAACGCCACCAGACUCUAACGAUAACGCCUUUUUAUAUGGAUCUGACCGCAGCCAACGUCCCCCGGCCCCACACUACCCCCUGCAGGACGCUGACUCCAGGGGGGAGACUGGGCCCCCUGGGGACGAAUCCCCCCCAGUAGAGUCCGUCUGCCCCCUCCCCCUCCAUCUCUGUUUGCAGCGGCCCAUCUGGAUUUUGAUCUCAGCACGUGUGAGUCGGGAGCUGCCAGGUCCCCUGCCCUGAGCGUCCCACUCCGCCCUUGCAUGUCACGAGCGCCUCCUGGCCACUCCCUUCCCCACGGUAGAGCUGGGAGACUUUGCCCUUUCCCUGCUGAGGGGCAGGUGUUCACCCAGCCUGAGCCAAACAUCGAAGGGGGAGAGUUUCAAAAGCACCGGAAGAGCCCAAAUCCCGUCGGCUUUCAUUAUGCUCUUAAAUCCCUCCCCUGAAUUUGUGGAGGGGAAGUUACAGCUCAGCUGGAACGUUGUGGGUUAUAACUGAGUCCCUCCCCUCAUAAAAGCCAAAUGCCUGGAGCUAGAGGAGAAUCCCCAUUCUCUUUCAGCAUUAUAGGGCUCAUGACACACAGUAGAGCAGCUCCCGUCCCAACCACUAGAGGGCAACUGUGUCCUAUACAGACAUAGUCAGUCCAUUACAAAGCAUAAAUAAGCCUGCAGGCAAACUGAAGGCCAAAUCAGAGGAAAUCUGUCCCUUAAAAUUGUUGUUUGCCAACCUGAGAUAAAAAUCCAUUCUGCGUGUUUCCCCUCCUCCACUGGCAGCUCGUCCCUUUCCCAGUGUCCCUGUGUGGACUUUUAAUCAGCGAUCUCCGCUGGUUUCAUCGCAGCACAACGCACCCUUACCUCCUCCCACGGAACAACACGGCGCCACCCCCACACACACACGCCCUCCCUCGCAGGGGAGCAGCCAAUGUACAAUUUGUAUAUUUUUAAACAACUUUGUACAGAUCAAUAUUGUAUCAACCAACGUGAUUAAAAACGAACAGUGAGAACAACAA